GGAUAGCGAAGAACCUCUGUCUGUGUAUUUCAGUGCUCCUGAGUCCUUGACACGUCACAUCUUCUCCACCUUCUCUGAUACAUGGAUGGUAGCUGCUACGUUUUAUUCAGUUCUCCUUUAUGGGGCACAAACCUACUUUGAGCUCAGCCACUUGCCUGUUUCCAAAUUCGUAGAUGAGAUCUGCAAAGGACACCAAGCUCAAAGACCAGAUUCCAUACCACUGAAGCUAUGGGAAGUAAUAGCAGCUAACUUGCUUCAUCUUGACAUAGAGCGCAUGUCCAUGGACAUGUUGUUAGAGCAUCUGGAAAACUACAAGAGCUCCUUGGGGCCAGAUCUGAAUAAGCUGCAUGAGGUAAAGAGUGGAUUCUCUCCCAUCUGUGCUGAGGAUAUUAAAAGGGGCUGCUUUGAUAGCAAAGGAAGCUUCAAAGAGUGGGAUGCACCAAAUAGAUUUCUAAACAAAUGUGAAGAUAUUACUGAACAGAAGGAGGGCUGCCUUCAUGAGCUGGUGUCAUUCAAAAUGAACCAUAUGACCAGGAUGACCUUAUGCAUGUUAGAUCACAGGAACUUGCUGUCCAUAAAGGAAAUCUUGAACUGCUUCCCCGCAACCAAGCUGAUCUCCAGGUCUCUUGGUGACUACACUGAGUCCUUGGACCAGGUGGCUUGUAACAUGGAUCAUGGCAAACUUCUCUCCUGCCUGGAGCAGGUUGCUUCUGCUAUGAUGUACCUUCAUUCCAGCAAGAUCAUACACUGUGAUCUGCGAUGCAGUUAUAUUUAUGUUACUUGUGGUCCCAGUUUCUCUGAGGUGGUGGCAAAAGUUGGUCGUUUGGGAAGAGCAGUCUGUCUGCCAGAUACAGGGUCUGAAGGCAGACUCUUUGUCCCCUAUGUGCGCAAAAUCAUGCCCAUUGACGCUGAAAAAUGGGCUGCCCCAGAGGUGAGAAAUGCUGGACUGUAUUCCCGGGCAUCAGAUGUUUUCACCUUUGGUCUUGUGGUCUGGGAAGCAUUAACAACAUGUUUUACCAAUUUGCAUAUGUACAAGCUGUUGAAGCCUUUCCACUUACUAAACAGCAAGGAGGUUUUGAAAUUUACAGAGGAAAUUCUGAAAUUUACAGACGAAGAAAAUAUCAGUGAUAAGGAAUUGGAAAAGCUUACUCCAUUAAUUCUGUGUAUGAAAGCCUGCUGGAAUUCUAACCCAACCAGAAGACACCCCUUCUCCUCCAUUUUAGAGCUGGUAAUGAAAGUAAAAGAUGCCUACAGGGUGUCCAAUGACUUAUACUACAACACCACGUCUGAGCCUUCGGUUGCAAAUGAGGACACAUAUGACUCAGUUUACUUCAGGAGUGAAAUACCAAAGGAGGAUGUAUACAGCUGUGUCUUCGACCCUGACCCUGCUGCUGGUCAUGCCAAUGACAACUCUUCAGUCUAUGAAAAUGUGGCUAGACCUGAACCCUUAGAAGGGAGCUCACUUUAUUUCUCUAAGAAAGAGAAGUGGGGAGAAGUUGUUAGUGAAUUUGAGACAGGAAAAGGAAUAGAGAGGAGUCCAGUCUCUUUUUAUAACCCCAAGCAAGCCAAUAUGUACACUGAUACUGGCAUUAAUUGGAAAAAGAAAUUGAAAAGUGGGAAAAGCAGGAUGUUAUAAUUCUGUGCCAGGUGGGUGACUUGUGGUUGCAAAAAUGAUAGAGCUGGAAAGGCUGAACAGAACACCAGUCUUUCAUAAUGUUGCUUAAUAUACUAGUCCAGGGGUCAGCAACCACUGUCAUGCAUGCCAGAGCAUGUCACAUGAGGCCAUUUUGCUCUGCACGCCACAGCUGGUCUGGGCUCAGGGCAGCUGCUGCCAGCCACCAAGCCUGGGCUGCUCACAGAAGGUGGCAGGGAGGCUGCAAGCCCUGCUG